ACCCCUUUUGUGAUGUACUCUAUCAUCUUGCCCUGUACCUUGCUAUUACAGCGCACGCAAGACACUCAACAACAGAUGUGAUGCAGCUCCACAAGACCGCGCCUUGACCGUUGUGCACCUCAUGCCCAGACCAGAACACAUUGAAGGCGUGCAGUUUGCUUUUUUCAUUGGCAAUAACAGCUGAAAUUACUGAUCAAAAGGGUCUGUUGAUGCGAGACCUUCCUUGUAAACAGGACAAUCAUGAGGAUUGACCACACAAAAGGGAGACAAAGAAUUAAGACCCUUUAAGUUUUGAUGCACCCAGUCAAUGAAUCACAGCUUUGAAUGGAUGUCUAGAUAUUUCCGCCAAAGCUAAGACCCCAUUUGUGAUGUACUACCUACAACAACAACAACAACAACAAUAAAAUGACAGUAAAAUCAUACAGUCCUCGCAGUUAGUCUGAGACUAUUCAAGGCAGGGAGAAAAGAAAAAAAUAUAUCAAAAGUUCACAGGUUUACAAGGAAAAAAAAAAUAUUUCAAUAAAUACUACUCUCAAAGACAAUAUGUAGGCACAGGUAACCCGGUUUCGUUAAUUAUUCUGAAUGCGUGACCUACCGGGACAUCUGUGCCCGCUCGUGCCACUGGCGCAGUAUUGUACACUAGUAGCAAGACGAACGAUACGCCGAACAAUAACAGAUUAUUUACAGCUGAUGUGAGGAGUUUACAACAAAGAAGCGGAUGUUUAUAACUUCACAAGUUCAUCAAGUGAUUGACUACGUCUGCAAGCUCUCAAAAGUGCAGAACGAAGGGGAUUUUUGGCUUGGCUUGUGAUCGUGUCUUAAAUAAUCAAACAAUGAUGAGAGCCAUUCAUCUUCACAAAAAAACAAUAUUAAUUAUUGGCUUACUCUCUUCGGUGUUGAUAAUUUGGAUGUUUUAUAUACGAAGAGACUUUUAUAUCCAGAGAUCUCUCGCUCGACGAGUAAAAGGUUUAUAUGCUGGUGGAGAUUAUUUUUAUUUGAAUGGAAAGCCAAUUCGUAUUCUUAGUGGAGCCAUGCACUAUUUUAGAAUUGUUCCUGAAUAUUGGGAAGAUCGAUUAUUAAAGUUAAAAGCAAUGGGUCUUAAUACUGUUGAAACGUAUGUACCAUGGAACUUACAUGAAGAAAUCAGAGGAGAGUUUAAUUUCAAGGGACAGCUGAAUGUGGCGAAGUUUUUAGUGACUGCACAUAAUUUAGGGUUAUAUGUUAUUAUAAGACCAGGUCCAUAUAUCUGUGCUGAGUGGGACCUUGGAGGAUUACCAAGUUGGCUGCUCAAAGAUCCAAAGAUGAAAUUAAGAAGUUUAUAUGAACCUUUCAUGGCCGCUACUGAAAAAUACUUUGAUCAAUUAAUUCCAAGACUUGUUCAUCUUCAGUACUCUAACAAUGGUCCAAUAAUAGCAUGGCAAAUAGAAAAUGAAUAUCUCAGCUAUGGAAAUGACUCAGCAUACAUGCGUCGCUUACAAAAAGAAAUGGUGAAUCGUGGUGUAACAGAAUUUCUGUUUACUUCGGAUGGUUUUGAUCAAAUUAAGAGAUCAAAAGAUAUUUAUCAUCUUGACAAUGUUCUGAAGACAGUUAAUUUCCAGAAAGAUGAAGAAAAAAAUCUGAAUGGGUUAAAAGAAGUCCAGCCUAACAAGCCCUUAAUGGUAAUGGAGUUCUGGUCUGGCUGGUUUGAUCACUGGAGUGAAGAACAUCAUAUUUUGAGUCUAGAGAAAACAGUACAACGAGUGACUAAUAUACUUAAAUUGGGCGCAUCAAUCAACUUUUAUAUGUUCCAUGGUGGUACAAACUUUGGUUUCAUGAAUGGUGCUAAUGCUGAUAAUGGGUUUUAUAAACCAACAAUCACAUCUUAUGAUUAUGAUGCACCUUUAUCUGAGGCGGGAGACAUGACUUACAAAUACAAAGCUCUAAGAAAAGUAAUGUUAAACGAUGCUCCAGCUGACUCUGUUCCUGAGGACAUGUUAAAGUUGAAUCCCUCAGAUUCUUUGAAAGUUACAUAUGAUCCAGUAGAAAUGCAAGAUUACAUAGAUAUUAAAACUUUAUUAAAAUAUUCUAAAUCAGUUAAUGUACAAUAUCCUGUACCAAUGGAAGAGCUGCCUAUUAAUAACCAUGGUGGACAGAGCUUUGGAUACAUUUUAUACCAAACUAAAAUACAUCAAGAUGCAAAGAAACUAAAAAUUACCAGUUACAGAGACAGAGCUCAGGUAUACUUUAAUUCCCAAGAGCAACAUAUUCCAGAAGUGAUGGAUUUGGAGAAGAGAUAUAUUGAUGAAAGAAAAACUAAGAAUGUAGAGAUAUCACUUAGUGCUGAAAAGACUGGAGACAAACAGGGAUGGCUGGAAAUACUGGUUGAAAAUAUGGGCAGAGUGAACUUUGGGUUAGAUAUAACAAAUCAAAGAAAAGGUAUUUUAGGGGAGGUUUUUGUUGAUAACCAAAAGCACAAAUCAUGGAUGGUUUACUCUCUGGACUUUAAGCCUGAUUUCAUGAAUAGUUUAAUUUAUGAUAAAAAGUGGAACCAUGUUCCACAUAACAAGCAUCCAGGAGCAGGAAUGUACAAAGGCUACUUUGAAGUAACAGGAAAACCAAAAGAUACAUAUGUUCUUCUUAGUGGCUGGGGGAAAGGGGUUUGCUUUAUUAAUGGACAUAAUCUUGGCCGAUAUUGGAAAAUAGGACCACAGCAAACACUAUAUCUACCAGCACCGUGGAUAAAGACUGGAGUAAAUAAUGUUGUAUUAUUUGAUCAAGAAGGGCCUUCAUCUCCAGAUGUAGAAAUCACAUUUGUCACUGAACCACAACUUGGUAUAAAACUUCAAGAUCGACAUUGAAACUCUGUUUUUUACUUUAUGGUUUUGAGAUUGUUUUAGUACCCGGUAACAUUAAAAGGCUUGAUUGAAUGAGGGUAUAAAAUGGAAUGAAAGUGUAAAUGAAAGAAAAACAACCUCAAACUAUCAGGUAAAAUGUAUUUUCAAUGAAGACUACCUACAAUAUAUUGACAUUAUUCAUGAGUCCAAUCGUACAUUUUAAGACAAUUUUUUGUACAGAAUUUUUAGCAUUAAAGCAUCCUCUGGAACCCAAUCUUUUGUUGUUUGUUUCUCACAGAGUGACAAACUAAGGACAGAUUAAGCCUGGGUUCUUGAGGAUGAACACAUUUUAAAACAAUCAAAAGACAAAGAAAUUAAUUAUACAAUCAUAUUUAUGAUUACAAACACUAAAUGUUUGCAACUAAAAAAAAUGAAAUAAAAAUAUGUAGACAGUUCAAUUCCCAAAUCUCUUGCAAAUCAAAGCAAUUCAGACUUUUUAAGUUUUGAGAUUCUGUUUAAGUUGGUCACUUCUAUUCUCCCCUACAACAGUGCUAACUAAACAAUAGAAUAAAAGUGGUAUUAAUGCUGCACAAUUUUAUUGUUUGUACUCUAUAUUGGCGGAAAAUUGAAAGACCCAAGUAACAAGUAGUUCAACUUCAGUGACCUUGUCACUCAAUCAAUCUUCUUGUUAAAUUACCAACAUUCUCACAAGAAUGUGCAAACAGAAAAUAAAAGUGAUUUUAUUA